GUCGGUUGCCUUCGUAACCACAGGUAAGUGCAAGUAUACCACGUACCACGAACACAAUCAGUUGAAACUUGACACCGCUCAUAUAGUGGUCGGAGUCGGCAUUGCGCUCGAUACGUUGAAUGCCAAUAUAGUUGUCGCCGUCUUCCCAUUCAGAUUGGAAGAAUUGCACUAUCCCGACAUUUCAAUUUCAGGGCUCGUCGGUUGGCUCCUCUUUCUCUACUCCAUAGGUCUCGUCGUCUCGACGCCAGUCAUAGCUGUGGCAUCUGAACGUCUUGGCUCCCGACGAGGCGUUAUGGUAGCAGGACAGUUCAGUCUACUGGGGUCGCAACUCUUGUUGAUGAUGGCGCCAAUGUUCUGGGUAAUGUGUAUCGGGCGGUUUUUGGAAGGCAUCGCUUCGGCUGUCAUUAUGACGGCUGGACUUGCUCUGAUAUGCGAUACAACGCCAGACAAAGACAUAGGAGGUCAACUUGGGAUGGCAAUGAUUGGCAUGCCAUUUGGCGCACUCGUUGGCCCGCCUGUCGGAGGGGCGCUAUAUAAGCGGUGGGGAUAUAAAGCACCAUUCAUUUUCUCGAUUCUGUUCACAGUAGUUGACAUCACAUGCCGUCUUCUGGUCAUCGAGAAACCGGUGUCAGACAGGAGUCUUGGACGACAUUCCUUGCCGAAGGAGCCGAAGCGCACGGAAGCAGUAGGGCUACAGCCUGUCCAGCCGUCUGCUGGCCUGUUCAAUGAGGCAAAGGAGCCAUCUACCACAGUGCAAGUCGUGGCUACUGCGCCGGUGCUGCCAGUGCGCGAAGAUACAGCGGCGAACAAGCUUCCAGUUAUCGACAUCCUCGUGCAGUUUGCGUCUUCGCCCCGGUUACUGACAUCCUUAGUUGUUGUGUUCGUAUGCUCAUUUGUCUUCUCUGCCGCGGAUGUGACAAUACCUCUGUGUCUACAGAACGUGUGGGGAUUUGACUCGAGAAGGGUUGGAUUAGCCUAUCUAGCGGCUAUUAUACCUACAUUAAUUUCCAAUCCCUUAGCUGGCGUUCUUGCCGAUCGGUUCGGUCCACAGUGGAUUGCUAUCCUCUUCACCAUAUGUGGCACUCCGUGGUGGGGAGCUAUGACUACGACAUUUUCUCUACCCUUCUUUAUCUUCUCCUAUGGGAUUGAGAACUUCUUUGUUGCUGCCGUCGCACCGCCUAUGACUGCCGAGCUGGCUGCUAUCACUAGAACUAUGAAGGGAGUCGGCUAUGCGCAUACCUACGGGACAUUCAACAUUGUAAUGGGUACUGCGAAUGCUGUCGGUUCCAUUGUCGCUGGUCAGGUCUAUGGGCACAGUAACAGAGGGUGGGACAUCCUGUGCUAUAUUCACAUAGGCCUGCUGGGUCUUGCUCUCAUCGCCAUGAUGACGUUCACGGGCGAGAAACCAUUCUUGCGCGGAGGUUCAUGGAAACUUGGCAAGCACGCAUCGAUCGACGCGGCUAUGGAGAACUCAGCAGAAGGAGAUCAAAACGGGCCCACAGCGUAGCGAAUAAGAAGUCCCGGAUGUAAACGAGGCUCACAUCAGUCGAUCUUUAUUUGUGUCAAAUAGUUCGAUGGUUAUGACGGUAAAUGCGCUGCCGCGCGAAACGGCAAUUUGUUGCACAAA